UCGCACCAUGCAUCGGGAUUCGGCCAUAGAAAAAAUAUGUAUAUUAUACCUUGAAAUAUUGGUCGAAUUGUUUCCGACUGAAGAAAGUACCAAUUAAAAUUUAAGAAGAAGAAGAUGAAGAAAAAAGUACAAUAACACCUGGUCACAAGAGGGAAGACUGUAUUUAAGCAUAUCUACCUAUGAUAAUAAACAAAAAUAGCAAUCUGCGUUUUUUCGGAGUAUUAUGAAAAGCAAAAUAAAUACUUAUUUACCAGCCGUAUCACCAUCACUUUCCCCAUGGAUAAUUGUGAUUUUGUCACUUUGUUUUGUUAACAGUUAUAACGGAGAUUUUGUUUUUGACGAUACUGAGGCUAUUGUCAAUAAUGUCGAUGUACAUAAGACACCGUUCUGGGAUAUAUUUCAAAAUGACUUUUGGGGUACUAAAUUAUCCCACAAGCAAAGCCACAAAUCAUAUAGACCUUUCACCAUACUUAGUUUCAGACUACAAUUCUGGUUGCGACAAGACUUAGUUUCGCAGGACUACCAUAUAAUAAAUAUAAUAUUGCAUAGUAUGAUUUGCCUACUAACUUUAUUUAUAUACAAUAUAUUUUUGGGACCAGAAGGACAGAACAUUUCAUUUUACGCCGCAGCCUUAUUUGCAGUUCAUCCAAUUCAUACAGAGGCUGUAUCUGGAAUUGUCGGACGUGCUGAAUUAUUAUGUGGUUUGUUUACAUGGCUAUCGAUCUUAUUGUAUAAUCAUAUGAUAUACGCAAAAAAUAUAUUACAUGCAUGGGUUGCUAUGUUCAGUUUUACUAUUUGCAUAACUGCAGCGAUGCUGUGUAAAGAAACUGGUAUUACUGCUAUUGGUAUUUGCGCAAUAUAUGAUAUAGUUAUUGUGAAUAAAAUAUAUCCAAUUGACGUAAUCAAUUUUUUUUCAUUUAAACAUGUCGAUAAAAAUUUGAAUAACUGUAUUAAGUAUAAAAAUAUUUUGUUACGGCUUGCUGCACUUAUUUUUAUUGCAAUAAUACUUUUACUUCUAAGAUUCAGUAUUAUGGGAUUUUCAAUUCCAAAAUUUCAAUCAGUAGAUAAUCCGGCAUCUUUUAUGGAUAACGUAUUGCUUCGUAUACUUAAUUAUAACUAUAUCUAUUGCUUGAAUAUAUGGUUACUUAUCUGCCCUAUAUGGCUUUGUUUUGAUUGGUCAAUGGGUUGUAUAUCUUUGAUCACCAGUUAUGACUAUAGAACUUUUGUAGUCAUUAUUUUCUGGUUCAUGUUUGGAACAUUAAUAAUGUACACGGUUAUUUCUCAUAAAAAUAAGACUUUAAGAUAUGUAAUUAUGGGACUUACAAUAUUGAUCUGUCCGUUUCUGCCAGCUAGUAAUAUCUUCUUCAAUGUUGGAUUUGUUUUGGCAGAGAGAGUAUUGUAUAUUCCUUCGGCGGGAUAUUGCUUGUUGGUUGUUAUCGGUUUACAGAAAUUUUCCGCCCGAUUUUCUUUGCCUAAAACGUCAUUGUCAGCAUAUACAAUGCUCAUUGUAUUAUUGUUUAUACGUUCUUGGAUAAGGAGUACUCAAUGGAAAAAUGAGAAGCUGCUUUUUCAAUCAGCAUUAGAUGUAUGUCCUCUCAACGCAAAAGUGCAUUAUAAUAUCGCAAAAAAUGCUGCAGAUGCAGGAAACAUUGACCUUGCCAAAUUAGAAUAUCAAGAGGCUUUACGAUUAAAUCCAAAGUAUGCUCAAGCUAUGAACAAUCUUGGUAAUUUACUCAAAGAUGACGUGCAGCUUUUGAAGGCUGUAAGUUUAUUUAAACAAGCUGUUAAUAUACAGAAAGAUUUUUCUACGGCAUGGAUGAAUCUAGGUAUAGUUCAGUCAGCAUUGAAAAAAUAUGAGGAAUCAGAAACGAGCUAUUUUAUGGCUCUACAAUAUCGAUCAAAUUACCCAGAUUGUUAUUACAAUUUAGGCGUAUUAUAUCUGGAACGAAAACAAUACAAUAAAUCAUUAAGAGCUUGGAUAAACGCAACUAAACAAAAACCUACGCAUAAACGAGCAUGGACAAAUAUGAUAUUACUAUUAGAUGAUUUAGAUAGGACAGAAGAAGCAUUAAAAAUGGCAAACAAAGCUUUGAAAUUUAUUCCAAAUCAUGCUUCUAUCUAUUUCAAUAUUGCUAACAUACUGGGAAAAAAAGGAAAAUAUGAGGAGGCAGAAAUCCAAUUUAAGCAAGCGAUAUCGAGAGAUCCUACAGGCCCUAUGAUUUAUGCAAACUUAGGUGUCUUAUAUCAUCGUUGGAAUAAAUUAAAUGCCGCAGAGGAGAUGUAUAAGAAAGCACUACAAUUAAAGCCAGAUUUACACAGUGCAAAAGACAACUUGCAAAGAUUGUAUACAUUAAAAGCAUCGAUAAAAUAACUUUGUUACAUUAAUAUUUUACAUUAAACAUAUAUACUAAUAUGUAUUUCAAAUAUAUUUAUACACACACA